AUGAGCCGCCCGGCCGCCCUCCUGGCCGUGGCCGCGGCCCUGGCCGCCCUCCUCGCCCCGGGGGCGGGCAGGCCCGUCGGCCGGCAGGGCUCCCGGCACAAGCUGCUCCUGGUGUCCUUCGACGGGUUCCGCUGGGACUAUGACCAGGACGUGGACACCCCCAACCUGGACGCCAUGGCGCUGGACGGCGUGAAGGCCCGCUACAUGACCCCCGCCUUCGUCACCAUGACCAGCCCCUGCCACUUCACCCUGGUCACCGGCAAGUACAUCGAGAACCACGGCGUGGUGCACAACAUGUUCUACAACACCAGCAGCAAGCUCAAGCUGCCCUACCACGCCACGCUGGGCGUGCAGCGCUGGUGGGACAACGGCAGCCUGCCCAUCUGGAUCACCGCCCAGAGGCAGGGCCUGCGGGCCGGCUCCUUCUUCUUCCCGGGCGGCAACGUCACCUACCAAGGCGAGGCGGUGACCCUGAGCCGCAAGGAGGGCAUCCUGCACAACUACAAGGACGAGGCGGAGUGGCGGGCCAACGUGGACACGGUGCUGCGCUGGCUCACGCAGGACGGCCUGGACCUGGUCACGCUCUACUUCGGGGAGCCCGACUCCACGGGCCACCGCUUCGGGCCCGACUCCGCCGAGCGCAGGGCCAUGGUGCGGCAGGUGGACCGCACGGUGGGCUACCUGCGCGACGGCAUCCGGCGCAGCGGCCUGGAGCGCAGCCUCAACCUGGUGGUCACGUCCGACCACGGCAUGAGCGCCGUGCGGAAGGCCGGCGACCUGGUGGAGCUGCACCGCAUCCCCGGCUUCUCCUUCAAGGACGUCGACUUCGAGCUCCUGGACUACGGCCCCAACGGGCUGCUGCUGCCCAAGCCGGGGCGGCUGGAGCGGGUGUACGCCGCGCUCAAGGGCGCGCACCCCAGGCUGCACGUCUACAGGAAGGAGGACUUCCCCGAGGCCUUCCACUACGCCAACCACCCGCGCAUCACGCCGCUGCUCAUGUACAGUGACCCGGGCUACGUCAUCCACGGGAGGGUGAACGUGCAGUUCAACAACGGGGAGCACGGCUUUGACAACGGGGUGCUGGACAUGAAGACCAUCUUCCGGGCCGUGGGCCCCAGCUUCCGGCGGGGCCUGGAGGUGGAGCCCUUCGAGAGCGUCCACGUGUACGAGCUCCUGUGCAGGCUGCUGGGCAUCGCGCCCGAGGCCAACGACGGGGACCCUGGCGCCCUGCUGCCCAUGCUCACGCCCGAGGCCACCGGCGGCACCAGCGCCCCACCGACCACCACCCCCUCAGGAUCCUCACCCCUGCCUGGCGCCCCCGUGAUGGCAGGCCUGCUGGCGGCUGCAGUUCUGGCCAAGGUCGCAUAG